CAUACUGUACACUUUGCAACCCGAGCGCGAUAGCAAAAUCUGAAUUGGCGGCGGACAGUUUGCCGCGCUUUGCCCCUCACGCCUUACCGGAGUGCUCGAGCCUGCCGCUGCUCCGCGGGUCUUGCUAGUCGCUGUACAGACGUGAAGCGCAAGGGAGUGUGCCGUCGCCUGGCAGGCGCGCCUUGGGCGGGGCGGGACCGCAGCGGCAAAUCGUGUUUUCCGGAAUGCUGCCCUGACGCGGCUACUGCUUCACAACGUCGCUUUGUCGCUGUUCGUAAGCCGCUGCAGCAAUGCAGCGAUCACUGCGGGCCAGUCGCCUGGAAUGCGGGCUCCUCGGCCUGGUGCGCCCCAGGACCAAGGUCGCGGAGGCUGGGCCGGAGGGUGAUGUUGAUUUUGAGCUGCUGUCGCCGUUCGGUCUGGGCCCCGACCACCGAACACCGGGCGACCAAGCGUCGGGGGCGUCGUCGCCCCAGUCUGUAUCGGCGCUGCUACAGUCCGAGUUCCCCAAUGACCCAGAUGAGGUGCGAAACUGUGUGUACCGCGGACGAUGCCCCCUCACGCAAGCGUGGAUGGAGGAGGCACACAGGUUUGAGCCCUACCUGACCGCCUGUCUAUGGCUGGGCGAGGAGGUAGUGGCGGCAGCGGCGCUGCGCCUCAACCUGCCGCCGCCGCCCUCGUCCGCGUCCUCAUCCCGCAGCGGCGCUGAUGAAGCGGAGAGCUCCCACCUGCAGAUUGUGCUCCAGGCCACGACGCCGCGUCUGCAGCGCCGCGGCUUGGGGCGGUUGCUGACGCGGUGCAUUAUGCAGACCGCAGCGGAGCAGGGCCACCAGUACGUCACCGCCCUCGUGGCCAACCGCACUUCCAGCGCGGCCGGCUUCUGGGCUGGCGUGGGCUUCACGUGCAGUCCGCCGACACGCCGCGGCGCCCGGCUGCCGCUGGUGCUCCACAAAGCCCUGGAGGACAGCCGCACGCACUCCCUCUUCAGCGAUGUGGGCGUGUGGUACGCGGAGGUGCUUGGCGGGGAGCAAGAGGGGCCGCAGGUGGAGGACGACAGGCCGGCUUUUGGAGGUGUGCAAGCUACGGCCAAUACGACCUCCUUGGUGCGACAGGCAGCUGCGCGUGUCACGGCCGCCUUUGCUGCGGCCGGCUACUGCAGCGCAGCAGCAGCCGCAGCUGCAGAAGCAGCAGCUGGGGCCGCACCGGAUGCGGCGGCAGUAGGAGCGGAGGACGGCGCGGCGGCGGCAGAGCAGGCCCCGCCGGCGCGCUCCAGCGCAGUCAAGGUGCGGGCAGCUGCGGCCGCCAGGCCUACUGAGGACGAUGAUGACGAGGAGCAGGACGACGAGGAUGGCGAGGAUGAGGAAAGCGAGGAGGAGGAGGCCGAGGAGCAAUGCGAGGAGGAGGAGGAAUGCGAGGAGGAGGAGGAGGAGGAGGAGGAGGAGGAGGAGGAGGAGGAGGCGGACGAGGAGGAGGAGGAGGAGGACGAGGAGGAGGAGGAGGAGGAGGAGGAGGAGGAGGAGGACGGCGGCCAGCCGCAGAGGGAGGGGUUGAAACGACGCAGGAAGCAGGGGGGUGGGGCGCUCGGCCCCACAGAGGUCCGGCUGUCCCGAUCCGCCACCGCCUUGUAUGCCCGCAUCUAUCUGCGGCGCGCGCUGGUGGAGGCGUUGCUGGGGCCAGACGCCGCGCAGGAUCGUGGCGCCGCAGCUGCGGCCGCUCCCAUACCUGUGUAUGAUGCUAUCACGCGCCGGCGUAUCCCCAGCAGCAGAGCGAGGCUGCGGCUCCGCAACUGGGAAUGGGAGUUGCUGGGGCUGGGAUGCUGGCUGCGUGCCCGGGAUGCGGCUGAGGGCGACCGACUGGUGCUGACAAACGGCGAUGAUGGCGGCGGCAGCGCGGCUGCGUCGGCGGCGGGUGGGGAUGGAAAUGGCGGCAGCGCGGCUGCGCCUGUGGUAGGUGGCGACGGCGGCAGCGGCAGCGCGGAGGACACCGGUACCAGAGCAGCGCUGGGGCCGCGGUUCUUCGUGGCAUAUGUGCGGGCUACACGCCGGGCGCCGGCGGGGUGCGAUGCAGGGGCGCCGCUGCCGGAGCAUCCACCGGGCUCCGUCUCCUUCUGUCUGGUCAGCUGCAAUAAGGCAGGCGGCUGCGAAAUGUCCAGGGCCGUUGCGCGUGCUGCCUUUCCCACCGAGGAAGAGGCCGUUACACGCGCCUGGCGUAACCGAAUGGCCUCAAUCGCGGGUAGCCGCGCACGAGGUCGGCAAGAGGAGGCUACUGCCGCUGCGGUUGAGUGCAGCAGCAGCAGCCGGGACGUCAAGCUGUACUAUAGAGCAGCAGCUAGCGCUGGCGGCUGGGGCGGCGGUGAGAUUCGGCCGUACGCGGGUGCCCGACUCACCUGCUACAGCCUGCAGCGCUACUAUCUGGGGCGCCUCUGGCCGCUGCGCCAGGUGCUUGGAGUCAGCACGGAGGCGCCGCUGCGGCUGACGGUGCUGGCGCCGUGCGGCCGCGUGGUGCUGGAGGCGGCGCCGUUACCAGCACCAGCAGUGGGGGCCGACGCCGCGGCUGCUAGUCCAGCGGUGCUGCUGCCGCUUACCGAUGGCGCUAUUAAGUGCCGGGGAUGCAUAAUCACCGUACGCUCUCACAUGGUAGAGCGGCUGCUUGGCCCGGAGAUGGCUCGGGGUGCGGGUAUCACCACCGUGCCAUUGCACGACGCUGAGACACGCGAGCCGAUCCCUGUGCGUGCGCGCCUCGAAGUGCGCAGUCACAGCCGUAAUAGCCCGUCGCUGCGCUGGUAUGUGUACGGCCUGGGGAAGUGGUUGCGGGCGCAUGACGCGAAGGGGGGUGACAGCCUGGCCUUCACUGCCGAGCUGGGCGGCGAGGGUGAGGGCGGUGGCGAGGGCGGCAGCACGCGGCGUGUGUACGUAGCGUAUGUCAGGCAGGGUGGGGCAGGCGACCAGGAGCAGCAGCGGGAGGAGGAGCAGCCGCAGGAGCAGCAGCAGGAGGAGGACGAGCAGGAGCAGCAGCAGCAGGAGGAGGAGCAGGGGGAGCAGCAACAGCAGUUGGACGUCACCAGCACCACCAGGCGCGGCAGGGGUGCGAUCGAGGCAAAGCGGUCAGCGGCAGGCUCGCGGCUGCUGAAGGCGGAUGCGGUCGCGAGCACGGGCGUGGGCGACGUUGCGGAGGACGGAGCAGCUGUGGGACCGCCCGCGGGCGCGGCAGAGACGCCAAUGGCCGCAGCAGCACGGGACAUCGUGCCGGCGCCGCCCGCAAAGCGGCGGGCCAGGGGCACUGCGAGCGGCGCUACCCCAGCCUGCGGUAGUGCAGACGUGCCGGCUCGUCCGCGCGCCAGCACCCCGACGCCGGCAGCACUGCCGCCAUCAGGCCCGCAGCUGCAACAGGAGCAGCGCCAGGAGCAGCUCCAGGGGCAGGGCAAUGGGCAGGGCAUGGGUCAGGGCAUGGGGCAGGGCAAGGGCCAGCCGCAGCCUCUGAGCAGCACGGGCGGCUCUGCUGGCCCGCAGCAGCGCAACCGCAACGACCGCCUGUUGCCGCAGCGCACCACGCGCGCCACAACCCAACGGCAGUUGGUAGAAGGACUGGACCUUCUGCACCACGGGCUGGAACCCUCGGCGCGCCGCCCUCCUGCUGUGCCAGCAGCGGCCGAGCAGGCGCAAUUGGCAUCGGUGGCAUCGGCAGCGGCGGCAGUGGUCGCCGCUGGCGGGCCGGAAGCCACUACUGGCGAUGCUGAGCCCAUAGCUGCCGCAGCCGUCGGGCAGGAGGCAGCAGAGCACGGUUGGGCGCCAGGCCUUGCUGCUGAAACUAGCACGGGCCCCACAGUUCACAGGCCCUCUGCUGCGGCGACUUUGCGGCAACCACCCCCGCAGCACCCGCAACAGCAGCAGGGCAGCAGCAACCGGGGCGGUGGAUGGAAGGCAGUACCGGCGGCGGCCCUCCCGGAGGUGGCCGGGGCGGCGGCCGCGCCAGCCGCAGUGGCAGUGGCAACUGCUGGCUGCUGCAGUGACGGCGCAGCUGGAAGCAGCGGGGCCGGGAGCAAGCGCGCCGCAGGGGAGCUGCGGUCGGAAGGUGACCUGCUGUCGGCAGGUGACCCGCCUCUGUCCCUGCCUGGCAGCAGGCGACAGCUGCCACAGCCACAACAGAAGCGGGCUCGUAUGGACGCAAGGUCGCCGCUGCAGUCACAGCCACAGCGCCACCACCACCAGCAGCCACAGCAGCCCCAGGCGCAGCAGGUGGCGGCAUCACGGGGUUCGCCGGCCGCUGAGCCGCCACACGUGGUGGGAACCCCAGGAGAACCAAUUGUAGAUCUGUCAGCUAUUACACCGGGCCUUGCAGGCAGGGGCGGCGGCGCCGGCGCCUCCUCGCCAGCGGGUUCAGGAGCGCAGGUCUCAGCGGCAGGACUCCAGGAUACAGCCGCGGGCGCUGCAGAGCUGCCGCCCAGUAGUUCGGCACCGGCAGCAUCUGCGCCCUCACCACUGGUGCUGCUGGCUCAGGCCCUGGAGAGGCACUACCCCAGGGUGUCGAAGCUGAUGAUGGUCAUUGCGGAGCAGGAGCAGCAGCAGGAGAGCCAGAAGCAGCCGGAGCAGGAGCUGCGGGGCCGGCGCCGGGAGGUGCUGCCGCUGCAGGUGCUGAAGCACUACGCCGCCGGCAUGGGCUGGCAGUACGAGGUGGAGUUUGAGCGACACAGCGUGCAGCCUGGAACCGUGGGCCGCUUGCCUGCUGCGGCUGCGGCUGGGACAAGUGCUGCAGGCUGUGAGGGCAGUGAGGGCGGCGGCACGGCCGCCGGUGCCGCAGCCUACGUAGCGACGUUCCAGCUGCGAUCAAAGGAGGAAGACGCGACAAUCAGCGCCAUUGGCAAGGUCGCUGCGGACAAGGACACGGCGCGUCAGCUGGGCGCAGCGGCGUGCCUGCAGCAGCUGCUGGCCACGGGCGUCAGCCCGCAACUGAUGUGGCCGCAGCUGCAGCCCCAGCUGGCCCAACCGCACCCGCAGCAGCAGCCGGCACAACAGCAGCAGCAGUCAGCACAACACCAGCAGCAGCAGCACCAGCAGCAGCAGCAGCCGGCAAAGCAGCAGCAGCAGCAACCACUGCCGCAUCUGCAGCCGCCGCAGAGCGUUCAACCGCCUGCCGUACUGCCUGAACAACAGCAAGCCCCGCAGUGGGUGCAAUGCCCGUGCGUUCCGCCUUCACCUCUGCAGUCGCAGCGCGGCGGCAGGGAUGGUGGCGGAUGGAGUGGCGGUCAUGGUUAUCACGGCGGCCGGGGCGGCGGUGGCUAUGGCGGUGGCGGCGGCAGGUAUGCAGGCGGCACUGGUGCCCAACAUUUUGGUGCUAGCAUGGACCGCGACCAGUGGCAGCAGCAGCAGCCGCGACAGCCACUGCAGCCGCAGCCGGCGGCCCCCUGCUUUGGCUGGGCGUAUCCAGCAGAGACGUGUGGCUACCCGCUGAUGCCACACGCCGCCAUGAGCCAGCAGCAGAUGCAGAUGCAGAUGGAGUCGCAAGUGUUCCAAGCCGCUUUCACAGGGGGCGGCAUGGGCACAGCGCUGCAGGCACCGGGCAUGUCGGCGCCCAUGAUGCAGCCCACGUUCCUGGCCGCAGCAGGGAUGGGUCCGCCAUACGCUGGCAGUGGGCAGCCGUGGCUAGGACAAGGACAGGCUUGGCAGGGUCAGCAGUGGCACGGACACCCCGGGUGGCUCGCUUAGCCCUGUCGCUGACAGUGCGGCAGCAGUUUCGGCCACCAUACCGAGCCAUGCAACCAGACAACAGGUGCUGCUGCUGCGUGUAACAGUGGUUGCUUGCUCUCUGGCCACAGGGGUCUUAUGCGUUGAGAUAACAGGAUUUUAAGCGCGGAUGGUAGAGCGGGGCAUGUGGUAUGGGUCACUGGCGGCAGGCGUCGUGGCGUCGGCAUGCUAAUUGCGGCACAUGAUGCCAGUGUGUGAUGAGAGGACCUGGUUCACAAAUUACGGUACCACUAGACAGUGCUGACUGCUGUGCGCGGGCUUUAGAGAGCUGUUCGAUUCGACUGUAGACGGUACCCGCCGUGGCCCGUGGUGGCGCUCAUGCGGCUCGGUUACGACUAUGCUUGCGGUGUUGGCGCUGCCCGGGGAUUCCAAUCACGCCGUCCGACUUAUGUCCGUGAUGUGAGGAGCUGUCAGACAGUCUGUUCGGCGCUAGCCCUCUAACACCAUUCCGAUUGUUGCCUGUCCUGGGCGUAGACCAAACACAUUGUUGCUUCAUGUGGGAACGCGGCAGUUGCGAUUGCUUGGAUGCCCCCGGUCGGCUGGACCGUGACAGUAAAGAUUACACGGUGUUGCACAUCCAGAAAUUAUUCUCAAGCGGGUGCACGUAAUUGUAACACGUUGCCAAAUGAGCGAAAACAAUGCGUGCAAGGUUGUGCAACUUGCGGUACCGGUAUACGUCAAAUCAAGUCUUCAGCAAAGGUUUUGAGCUGGGCGCACGCGGGGAGACCCCACUAGGGCACUGGUGUGGGGAAGAUACCGUAUUCAUCCUCUUCUAUUUGAUGGGACAAGACGCUUUCAGCCAAGCAGCACCACCCAAACACAGCGCCAAACUCUGGAGUUACGUCUAAGCACAUGCAGGCUGUUUCACAACCUACUGGGGGCGUCCAGCAAGGUUCUUGAUGGACCCAAGUCGAUUGCCCCACAGCUGCGGGUGGCAAUACCGUUAACGUACAUCAUAAGUCGUUACUAGGCGGCGUUGCACAUAAGCACUCCCACAGGCCGCAGUCGACGUCUGUGGCCAGCAUGGCAAUGCACACGAGCGCAAUCAAAUGACCAGUAUGCACCAGCCUCGUUAGUCCCAAUAC